CGGAACAAAACGUAUCGAACUGUUCGUUGUUUACAGGAACGCAAGUUGUUCCCGUUCUUCGAUAGCGCGUACCAAGGGUUCGCUUCAGGAGACCUGGACCGUGAUGCCUGGGCUGUACGCUACUUCGUCAAGCGAGGCUUCGAACUCGUCUGCGCUCAGUCUUAUGCUAAGAACUUCGGACUUUACAACGAGCGUGUGGGCAAUCUGGCCAUAGUGAUGUCCGAGGCGAAGUUCGUGGCGCCGGCGAAGUCCCAGCUGACGUGGAUCGUGCGCGGGAUGUACUCCAACCCGCCGGCGCACGGCGCGCGCGUCGUCGCCACCGCGCUCUCUAACAAACAUCUCUUCGAUCAAUGGAGAGAUCACAUCAAGCUUAUGUCAAGCAGAGUCAUCGAGAUGAGAGAAGCUUUAAGAUCUGAGCUAGUCAAGUGAGUUACUAACGUCUUUAUUAAGUCACUGGGUUUUGCUCGCGACUUCGUCUACGUAAAGUUAUUGUAAAAAAAAAGUGAAUACCUGAUAGAGGAGUACCACAUCUACCUGCUGCGGACGGGGCGCAUCAACGUGUGCGGCCUCAACCCCGGCAACGUGCAGUACGUGGCGCGCGCCGUGCACGACGCCGUCACCAAGUUCCCGCAAGGACAGUGAGUGGCGCCGCCCGCUUUGUCACGUCUCAUUCUACACUACAGAUAAUGACCGAAAUUCAUGUCUAUGCGAGAGCAAUACUGCAGUUAUUUGAAACUAUUUUGAUUUGACCCUCGUCUGUUUCAACUUAUCCGUACCAAUGUUUCAACAUAUUUGUACCGAUGUUCAUCAUAAUUGUAUGAUGAACGUUGGUACAAAUAUGUUGAAUAUGUUGUACAUCAGUACAAUAUGUUUCAACGUAUCUGUACCAAUUUUUCAACAUAUAUGUACAGAUGUUUCAAUAUAACUGUACCGAUGUUUCAACUGAUUUGUACCGAUGUCCAUCACUUUUAUAGAGAAGUUUCAACAUAUCUGUACCGAUGUUUCAACAUAUUUGUACCGAAGUUGUAAUGUUUCUAUACUUCCAUUACUUAUAUUUACAGAAUGAAAAAAAAAUGUCGCAGUAUUACACUCGCAUUGAUCGGUCAUUUAGCUUAUAAAGUUGAAACUACCAAUAUUUUAUAGAAUGUAAUAUGUUUGCGAACGAAUUAGAAAAAUGUCUAUGAGGUUUUUUGGCAGCUUUUAUUUAUAAAUCGUUCGCGCUUUCAAACUCUAUUUAUUAAACUUAUAUAGCUUAGUAAAUAUAAGAAUAUUCAAUGUCAUAUUUAUCCAUAGUUUUCGAAUAUAAUACUAAAAAAGAAAAUUUUAUUAAUAUGUUAAUAUGAGUAAAAAUUUUAAUAUUUAUUAUAUUGAGAUUCUAGUUUAAUUGCACGUUUUGUGCACAAAAAUCACAAAUUAGAGUUAUUUAUUGAAGGAAUUUAAAAAUAUCACUGCCGCUGAAAAUUAUUGGCAGAUGUCAUAAUAAGUAGAAAUGUAUGUGAUGUGAAUAUUUAUAUGCUGUGUCCAGUAUUACGAGCUUUUAUUUCAAAACUAGAACAAACUGAUGAACACAAAAAUAUAGCAUUUAGUGUUUGAACAUUCUCCAAAUGUUUUGUAUGCUUUCAAAUAUAAUCUCAUUUGUUAUCAA